AUGGAGAAUGUCUUCUCAGAAUUCAGCUACUGGCUGAUUCAGAAAGAGCAAAGAUUGAUGUUCUCUGUGUCUUUCAGCAACCUGAAUGUCCCUGUCAGAUCUACGGAUCAAGAUUCUUGUGACCAGAUUGAAUUAAAAGCUAUUGAUCCAUUAAUCUCUGGAUUUCAGAACACCACUUUGUACUACACAAUAAAUGUGAUGGCUUGCAGAAUGCACAUCUGUGUUAUUUGGCUUCAUGAGGUCACUACAAAAGAAGUAAAUGAAUGCCUAGGCUUUAAUUUAGAUAUUGGUGCCAAUAUAAUGUUCAUAGAAGCCAAUACAAAGGUUAAACAUGAAAAAUGUAAAAAUGAAAAGUUGGAAAACGGUUCUACUGAUGACAAGAGUGGAAUUAUCCAAGAUGUAAUCUCCUUAAUUCAAGGUGGGACAACAGCUACUUUAACAAAGUUGAAUGAAUUGCUUUCUUCAAAUGUCAAGGCAGUUGAUGUAGAACAGUAUGGUGAAUGGGCUGCUACACUACCUCAGGCUCCUACAGUGAUCAGUCAAGAGUUGUCCCCAAUUUCCGAACUUAUUCCACUGAAUAUCCCAGACUCCCGAUUAAAGAAAGAAAAUCUGAACAGAGCUGCAGAGGAUUAUGUGGCUGAAUACAGCGUAUGCAAAUGUCGGCCUUGUUUACAUGGUGGGACAGCAAUGCUGAUAGAAGGAAAGUGUGAAUGUGCCUGCACUCCAUUUUACAAAGGAGAAGCCUGUGAAAUACUUGCUUCAACUUUCAUACCAGUUUCUACUUUGCAGGAUGGCAAGGCAAAUGUGAAGUCCAUUAUGGCGAAGUUUAAUAACAACGCAGCUGAGGAUGUUCAUUGCCAUCAGGUCAGAACUGGAGGACACCCUCCUUUGGCUAAAAAAGCAGCAUUUGAGAAGUUUGCCCAGCUUGAAAAUGCUGGUCUAUCUUCCAAACCCAACAACUUGUACAAGCCUUCAUCGCUUAAAUUGCCUCCCAGCACAAAACCUCUUCAUGAUGCAUCAGGCAAGGAUUUAAAAGCACCACCUCUGAAAAACAGUCCUGUGGCCAGCAAGGUGAAGAUGCUAGCUGAGGCUGCUAGCCGAGAAGCUAAUGAAAAAACUAUGUAUCCAAAGCCUUUGGUUCCCAAGAUUUCUGAAGGAUUAAGAGAAGAAACCAAGCCAGUGUUCCCAAAGAUUCCUGAGAAGAGGCUACCUGGCUCUCCUCCUCAGAAACGUGAACCAAAACCUUUAGAUCAGAGAUUGUUCAAACCUGAACCCCAAGGAAGUGAGGCAAAGCCAGUCUUUCCCACGGUUGCUGGAGUUAAAGAAAAAUUCAACACUGCUGCUCAGGAAAACAACUCCAGGCCUCCUUUUCCAAAACCACCUCCUAAGCAAAAACCAGGUCAAAGUUUCAUCCAAGGUGAAGAAGUUUCCAACAAAAGUGCUUGUUUCAAUCAGGCGUCACCAAGUUCCAUCGGUCUCAAGUUGAAAGCUGGUUCCAUCGGACCCUUCAAAGACCCCCAGGACAAGAACAGAAAUGAAAACAAUCCCAUUAGCCCUUUCCCACCUUUGAAACCUGUCAGCAACCAGAACAACCUGCCUCAAAUCCCCCCUAAACCUGUUGGACAGCAGAAUGAAGAGGCAAAACCCAAACCCAACAGGAAUAUUUUCCAGCAGAACAAACAAGAGGAUUCUGGAUCUACUUCUGGUACCAUUGCUGCUAAAUUGAUCAAUUCAUCUCGAACAGUUACGACAGGGCCUUGGGCCAAUAAUACUGGAAAAGAAGAAAAAGACAAAGACAAAAAUUUGCCCAGACGAAAAACACUACCUUCUGCAAUGACAUUGGGACCAGCCCCACAGAAGCCUAAUAGGCCUCCAAGAGUUGACCUGCAAAAAUUUAGGAAAAGUCAUGGAGAAGUCUUAGGGAUCCAGUCUUACAUUCCAGUCUUACGGAAUGAUGAAAAUAGCAAGAGCUGCUACUGUUACUACCUGCCUUUAGUAGGAGGAAGAAAGCUUAACCCUCGCCUCCACACAAAGUUUGCUCAAACACCAUUCCAAGAUGACACUCGGCAAGAAAAUAGUAUGAGCAAUGAGGCUUGUUCCUUUGUUGCUAUUUGUUCCAGUUCAUCCAAUUCAGCGGCUUUGCCUCCCCCACUUCCGCCACCUAUUCAUCCCACACAGUCUACGGAUUUAUCUCCACCCCUGCUUCCUCCUCCUCCUCCAGGUUUCCGUCCAUCAGCACAAACUCCUGUUCUCCCCCCAAGGGGGAAUAUCCCAUCCAGAUCUGAUUUCAGAGGACAAGAAAAUGAAGAAAAUUAUGAUGAUGUUGCAUUUGGUUCAGAAGAUAAUGGAAAUGCAGAUGAAAACAGUGAUGGAGAAAUGUAUGAAGAUAUAAAUGAGAUGAGAUUUACACCACAAGAAGAUGAUAAAAAGAAAGAGAAGGAGGAAAAGAAAAAAUCUGAUCAAAAGAAGGAACAAAAGGAUAAGGAUAAAAAAGAGCAAGAACUCAGAAAGAAAUUCAAGCUAGAAGGUCCCAUUGAAGUUGUUCACCAGGCACGAGCUUCUACAGACUUUAAAGGAGGAAAGUAUGAUCUGUCAUUCAAACAAGGAGAUCUAAUUGAAAUACUCCGCAUCACAGACAAUCCAGAAGGGAAAUGGUUAGGAAGAUUAAAAGGCUCCUAUGGCUACAUUAAAACUACCAUGGUGGCAAUUGACUAUGAUACAUUAAAAAGGAAGCCACGGCCUCCCAAGUACGUUCUGUCAAAGCACCCAGACAGUGAUCAAGAAGUGUAUGAUGACGUUGGAGACCAGGACAGUAUCAGCAGUGGAAGUCAGAGUGCCAUGGGAGGGUUUCCGCCACCUCCACCAGAUGACAUUUAUGAUGGUGUGGAAGAUGAUGAGGUUCCAGCAAAAUCUGUGUCACAGGAUGAAGAGAAGAGUGACACCUGGUCCAAGGGGCUUUUGAAGAUUUUAAAGGGAAAAGAUUACCAAAAGAAAAGUAUGCGAGAGACAGCACCCAAAGUCAAUGUGACAGAAGAUGAAAAUUCCUUAAGAACGCCUUUAGCAAAACAAACAGGGAAGGAUUCCGGAGACAGUGAUGUUUACGAUGAUGUUGAAUCCUCUGAUUUCCCUCUCCCACCAAAAGAAAUUAGCCUUGGAAAAAAUAUAAAAUCUUUGAACUUUGGGAGGGGCAGAUUCGAUGAACGUGAUUCACAGAAGUUUAAGAAGAUUGACAAAGAAGAGAAAGAGUUUCGAAAAAAAUUCAAAUAUGAAGGUGAUAUUCGAGUUCUGUACACUGCUACCAUAUCUAAAGCAUCAUCCCCAAAGAAAAGAGGUUCCAAAGAUUUGCAAGUCAAGCCAGGAGAACUGGUUGAGGUUAUUCAAAAUGUGGAUGAUAUUAAAGUGCUUUGUAGGAAUGAAGAAGGAAAAUAUGGCUAUGUCCAAAGAAGCUGCCUAGUGCAUGAUGAUGAAGAAAUAUAUGAUGAUAUUGCAGAUGAUUUAUAUGACAAUGAUUAGCUCCAGGCCUCAUCUUGGCACAGUCUUCACCUUCUCUGAUUGGUGGAUACAAGAGAGACAAUUAUUACUCAGACUUAGGAUUUAUGUGUAUGUACAAAAGAUUUGGUUAAACUAUCCCAUCAGUUUCUGGACUGUGAAGCAGGUUUUAUCACAGAAGCAUGAUAACAUUACACAAAUAUGCUCUUGAUUUGCAACCAUCAGCCAAAUCUUCAAAUUGGGACGUUAUUAAAUAAAUGUUGGGUGUGGGAUAAUUUAUAGCUUUCUUUUGCAAAUCCCUCAACACAAUCCAGAAUAUUCUAUUUAGCAUGCUACAGAUUAAAUCAGCAACCUUUAUUUGCAUUUAUAAUACUCCUUCUCAUAUUCAUCAAUGCGCUUUGGAAAUAUCCCAAUGUGCCCAUAGACAUGAUACCUGUACUUCAUCUGUUUUAUGUUAUUUUUACCUACUCAUCAUACCACAGAACUAUAGAAUUGGAAGCAGCCAGCUAAUUGAACCUGCUAUUGAACUUUUUGUAAUAUUCAGGCAGAAUCUCCCUUCCUAUAACUCAGAAAUGGGCAACCAACAUUCUGCAGUUGGAAAUAUGUGGAUAAAAAUGCCAAAUCCAAUCUAAAUAUCUUGACCGUACCACAAACCAUAAUAAACAACUUCUAUUGGAUAAGGAAAAUGUGAAUGA